UAUUUACCUGACAGCUUUGAGUCAUACGCACUGGCGAGGAUCUAUUUUUAGAACACUGUAGACAAGCAUUAGCGCGGUAACCCGGAUUAGCGUGCCACUACAGCAAUAUCCGCCAUUUUGCUAAGGUUGUCGCUACACUCUGUGUUUGGGGUAGAUUUUUAAUAUGGACGAAAAGAUGGAAAUAUUUAAAUUAGCACAGUCUUACAAAAUAGACUGGGGACUUGUGCUGGACGGCAAAGUUUAUGAAGUACUUAGUGCGCAUGCGCAGUCAAUGGGCUGCGAACUUGAUCUUUUUAUGCUGCCACUGUUCGUUUCUGCGGCUAAUUUCAUGGGACCAAAAACAAAAAUACAGAUUACCCAGAGCUGGAUUGAGCGACCAAGUCUGAUGGGCAUAGUUGCAGCUAGACGCGGUGAAAGGAAAACUACUGUGUUAAACUUUAUCAAAAGUUGCAGCCGACGAGUUCAAACCGAGACCAGGGUCACUAAAGAAGAAGAAACAAGGUCAACAGAGACUGGACUAAAAGACGCAAUGAAUGUUGAUGGCGUCACAGAGACAUGUAACGUGAAUGGGAGCAGAUUGUUUGUCAUUGAUGAUCUAGACGAAGUGAUGAAACAAGUGACCAAAGCGCCAGAUUUCUGGAACUCGUAUACCCUGCAGAAGUCAGUUUUAUUCCCUUAUUCAGACGCUUCCUACAGUGAAAACAUCAAUGUUGCAGCAACCGUGCAGGGAGCACAGAUAACAGAGAUCAUAAACUGGCCCGAUCCUGGGAGACUGCUGGACCGGGUUUUAGUUUUAUGUGCACGUGAUUCGGAGGAAAUGACGUUUUCUUUGAAACAAUGUACGUCACUUCAUAUCAUUUUUCAGAGAGUGCACGAGUUAUACAAUAACAAUGAUAUUACAUACACAUUUAGCGACGAUGCAUUGCAAGAAUUGGAAAGAAUGGCUGGAGUGGUGAAUUCAAUAAAGAAAGAGUGCCACAACGACGAGUUAAAACGAGGCUGUGCUAAUCACGUGAUGAGCCAAACGGCGCGAUUAAGUGCAGUUUCCCAUGCUCUGACGCAUGCUGUUUCCGAUAGCAGAUCAGACUAUGUGAUUUCAAAAACGACUGUUCAGGGUAUGUUUGUAAUCUGUUUGUACAUGCUGCGACAGAAAUGUCUUUUGUUACACGGCUCCGACUCCGCGGGUUACUCCCAGCUCUUCCACUCCAUAUUGAGUAGUGAAGUCGAAUUGCUAAAGCCAACGGAAGUUCGCAAUGCCUUUAAUUCUCAAGAAAAUGGAGAUGAUGUUAUAGAAAUAACUCUAGAUGGAAAUAAUGAACCAGUAGCCAGAAUUAUACCUAAACGCGAGGAUAAAGAAGAAAAUCCCUCCAUGGAAGCCUCGUCAUCAUCUGACGUCACAAUUUGGCAGAUGGAAAGCAGAGACCGUGACGAAAAUCAAACGGAGCGGAGCCUGAGCAGUAUGUAUUACCCGGGUGUUCAGACUUCACAGCAGCAGAUAAUAGAGUACCAAAAACAGCAUGGUAUGAUGACUACUUCACCGAGCAGAGAGACGGUGAAUCUUCAACACUAUGAACCUGACCAGCUUUGUGUAUCUAAAAACGAGAGUCCAAAACAGGACAACAUGACAAGUGUACUGAGACCAAGGGGCAAGUUCCGCCCACCACCCCCACCUUUGAAACCCCGCCCCCACCAGCUGCACAUGAAUCGUCGGUUUAUUCCCGCACCAAAACGACUGAACGACAGGACACAGCACAAAACAUGUGUCUUUACCUGUAGUGACAAUAUAUUUGUUCAGAUUUGUUUUGCCAAGAUCAGAAAAUGUCUGCUGACCAAAGGACUGUUCAUUACCUCUUCGUACGCCUGUCAGUAUCGACUCUUCCCUCCCGUACCGUUAGUACAGAGGACUUCAUCCCCACGGACAACUCACCCGUCUUGGGCAGCCGUCAAGUUUUUCGAGAGGUUGGAGACCCUAGGCUUUGGCGAGGUCACAGUUUUUCGCUCUCAGUCGGUAAAAUUUAAGAAGAAGCCCCUUGAGGAGAUGUCGGAGAGAGCUAGGAAUAUUCUCAAACAAGUAGGAAUAGCGGAGGAUGAAUACAUAUCAGCGCUGACGACAGAUGAUGACGUCAGUCUUACGUCAUUACCGGAGUACAACUAUCUUUUCACUGUUAAUCAGAACGGGAACAUGGAAACCGAAGACGCAGAAGAACAAGUUCAAGGGAUUCCCCACUCUGAUGACGGGAUGUUGUGUUCCCAGCCCGGGGACAAUGACGUUGGCUCUGUGGAGCCGAGAGUUGAAAAUACGGCACAAUCCCGUCAGCAGUCCAGUACAGGUGCCCCUCCUAUAUCCCCUCAAACAUCUAACGAACCAAUAGUAGGCCGCGACACAAACAGCAGCUACAGCUUCACCCACAGCAAGCGCGGCUACGCCGUCCUCAUCAUGAACCACGAGUUCGCAAACGAGGACGAGAAUUUACCCGGGGUGAAACACGAUAUUGACAGCAUGUCCAGAUUAUUCACAUCGAUGGAUUUUGAAGUUAGACAACUCAUAAACCUUACAGGUGACCAGCUUGUUUCAGAUCUUUGGGAUAUCCAGACUCAGAUAUCGAGUGACUGUGACUGUUUUGUCUGCGUCAUCAGCACACACGGAGGGGAGGAUCCCGGGUUUUACGCCAAUUCCCCUCAGGAGCCAGGAUACACUAAGACAGAACAUUAUGUCUUGAAUAAUGAGGGCGCACUUUGGACCCGACACAUCAUGGACAUGUUUAACGACCAACACUGUAAGGCUCUCAGGGGGAAACCUCGACUGUUCUUUGUUCAGGCCUGUAGAGGAAAUGACGUCGAUAAAGGCGUUUAUUUGAAUGAGAAUACCGAAAAUUUUGAAUCAAAUAAAGAUCAAAGUGAGGAUAUUUCUUUGAACCAAGAUGUGUUCCAAAUUCCUUGUUAUAACGACUUCCUAGUCAUGUUUUCAUCCACCUCAGGUAAAUAUGCAUGGUCGGAAGAUUUAGAGGGUGGGUGGCUGCUGUCAGCUAUAGACCAAGUGUUUUCUUCCGGUUCCGCCGGUGACGAUCUACUUUCACUUUUGACACAAGUUUGCGGAGAGGUGGCGUCCAGAGAAGCGUUUAUUCCAAACAACGAAAGAGCUCAUUGCUCAAAGAGCACCGCCUGUGUAUAUCAUAAACUGAGCAAAGAUAUAUAUUUCCCUUCAUCCAAGACUAAAUAUAGUGACGUCGAUUGUUGAAACAAACCAGGCCGACAUCGCGCGCAACAUGUCUCGUACUUAUGUGAACUCAAAAGAGACUGCUUAAGAAAUAGAUGUAAUGAAGCACUAGAAUGAUUAUUCUAUCAUGCCGUAUUUUGUAUUAUUACACUUGAAAAAUUGUCUGCUUCAGUCUUCCUAAAAAUACAACGAAAUUUGAUUCUUUUUUC